AUGGAGCUAUCCGCUGCUCUGCUUUCGACAAGAGUCGACAAGAUGAUGCGACAAGAGCUCGAUGUCACCAUCCACGACUCUUUCUUCUGGACUGAUAGUACCUGCGUUCUGCGAUAUUUAGCCAAUGACGACCGAAGAUACAAGACCUUUGUGGCAAAUCGAGUGGCAGCGAUUCGAGAACAAUCGUUCCCGGCCCAGUCGAAAUACGUGAACACGAAAUCUAAUCCAGCAGACGACGCCUCAAGAGGCCUAUCAGCCAAGGCCAUCAUUGAAGACAACCGAUGGACGAUGGGACCAGACUUCUUGUGGAUGGACGAAGAAGCCUGGCCAAAGACCUUAGUCGCUCACAAUGAUCAGAGAGAGGUUACUGANGAUCUAGCUGUCCUGAGGACAGAGAACAACCCCUCGGUAUCCGAAAAGAUCCAUCCCAUAAAUGUAGAAGAGUUGCGCCAAGCUGAGAACGUGAUCAUUGCACUGGUCCAAGGUGAAGCCUUUGAAGAAGAACUGCUGUCAUUGGGAUCCCCCCAAAAGGAACUGAAGAAAUCAAGCAGCAUCUUAAAGCUGGACCCCAUGCUAGUGGAUGGAAUUAUCUGCGUCGGCGGUCGGCUACAAAGGUCACCGAUACAAGUGCAAACUAAGCAUCCUCUCAUCUUCCCAAAGGAUCAUCACAUUUCGCACCUCAUCGCACGGCAUUACCAUCUAAUCAGUGGCCAUUCCGGGAUAGAGCAUAUCUUAUCCCUUGUUCACGAAAGGUAUUGGAUCAUCAAGGCACGAGCAACCCUCCGUCGCAUAUUGGCUUCCUGCUUUGACUGUAGAAGAAGACACGCCUCCACGGGUAAACAGAAGAUGGCUAGUCUGCCGGAAGAGUGCGUAAACCCAUCAGAGCCUCCAUUCAGCCGUGUUGGGGUGGAUUGCUUUGGCCCACUUAACGUGCGUAGAGGGAGAUCCAUCGUCAAGAGAUAUGGGGUGCUAUUCACUUGCCUCUCUAUCCGUGCUAUUCACAUUGAGGUAGCUCACAGCCUUGACACUGAUUCCUUUAUAAACGCCCCCAGGCGUUUUGUAGCAAGGAGAGGACAAUCGCUACAUAUGAGGUCCGACAAUGGUGGCAACUUUGUCAGAGGCGAAAGGGAGCUGCGAGAAGCCGUGCGUGAGUGGAACCAAGGUAAAAUCCACAACUUUCUCUUAGCAAGGAACAUCAAAUGGAGUUUCAACCCACCUGCAGGAUCUCAUCAUGGGGGCGUCUGGGAACGCUGCAUCCGCACAGUUAGGAAAGUGAUGGGUGCGCUUGCCAAAGAACAACCUCUGGACGACGAAGGCUUGCUAACUCUGUUAUGUGAAGUUGAAGCCAUUGUAAAUGGAUGCCCAAUUACAAAGGUAUCAGACGAUCCUCGCGACCCAGAGGCGCUCACAUCAAACCAUCUACUGCUGUUGCGUGCGGGGCCAGCUCAGCCUCCAGGCCAUUUUCAGGAGACCGAUAACUACUCUCGACGCAGGUGGCGGCAAGUCCAGUACCUAGCCGACGUAUUCUGGAAAUGCUGGACACGAGAGUAUUUACCUUCGCUGCAAGAGAGACAGAAAUGGGAGAGAGCUUCGCGAAAUUUCGCGGUUGGUGACGUGGUGUUAGUUCUGGACGAGAACCUGCCGCGCUGUUCUUGGCCUCUUGGAAGAGUGAUUGAAGUAUUUCCUAACCACAGUGAUGGCCUCGUCAGAAGCGUUAGACUGAAAACCAAGUCAUCGGUGCUGGUGCGUCCUGUGGACAAGCUAGUGCUACUUGAAGCUGGAUGA